CGAGGAGGGGAGGAACUGUUUGGAUUCAGAGAGAUGAGGCCGAUGCAGCUGGACAUGUUGGCUGAGAUGGAGGAUCAGGGCUCGACAAUGGCGAUGGAUGUUGAUGAAGCUGACGCCAUGGAGAUGUUCGGUGAAGGACUUAUCUCCGCUGAGAGCAAGCUCGCCGAUGCCGAUUUCUUCAACAGCUUCGAGGAUGAUUUCGAUGACACUGACAUCAAUUGAUUCGAAUUUUUCUGCCGAUGUAUUUCCUCUAUUAGGGUUUCGAUUUGCCUUGAGAGUUCCGUCUCUUUGGGCUGCGAUCGUCUAUGUAAGUUUGAAGGAUCGGUAAUCUAUUACUUCUACUACUACUACUGAUCAUCAAUUUUCUCUAUCGAUUCCAUCUUUGUUGGUUUUCGUUGUC